CCUGGGACGCGCCAGGGGGUCGCGCCGGCGGGCGGCCGCCGCUUUGGUCGCCAUGUGCGCGCAGGUCUGGCUGCUGACCGACCGGCUCAUCCGCGAGGACUACCCGCAGGUGCAGAUCCUGCGCGCGCUCCGCCAGCGCUGCUCCGAGCAGGACGUGCGCUUCCGGGCGGUGUUCCUGGACCAGAUCGCCGUCACCGUCGUCGGCGGCCACCUAGGCCUGCAGCUGAGCCAGAAACCCCUGACCACCUUCCCCGACGUGGUGGUUGUACGAUUAUCCACGCCCUCUGUCCAGUCCGACAGUGAAAUCACCAUCCUGAGGCACCUGGAGAAGCUGGGCUGCCGCUUGGUCAACCGUCCUCAAAGCAUCUUAAACUGCAUCAACAAGUUUUGGACAUUCCAGGAGCUGGCUGGACACGGGGUCCCCAUGCCAGACACCUUCUCCUAUGGUGGGCAUGAAGACUUUUCUAAAAUGAUUGAUGAAGCAGAGCCCCUGGGCUACCCAGUGGUGGUGAAGAGCACACGGGGACACCGGGGAAAAGCUGUUUUUCUGGCUAGAGACAAGCAUCACCUCUCUGACGUCUGCCACCUGGUCCGCCAUGACGUGCCCUACCUGUUCCAGAAAUAUGUGAAGGAGUCCCACGGGAAGGACAUCCGGGUGGUGGUGGUGGGUGGCCAGGUGAUCGGCUCCAUGCUGCGCUGCUCCACAGAUGGCCGCAUGCAGAGCAACUGUUUUCUAGGUGGUGUGGGCGUCAAGUGCCCGUUGACAGAACAAGGCAAGCAGCUGGCUAUCCAGGUGUCCAACAUCCUGGGCAUGGAUUUCUGUGGCAUUGACCUUCUCAUUAUGGAUGACGGCUCCUUCACGGUGUGUGAGGCAAAUGCCAAUGUCGGCUUCCUGGCCUUCGACCAGGCGUGCAGCCUAGACGUAGGAGCAAUCAUUGCAGACUAUGCCAUGUCCUUGCUGCCGAACAGGCAGACUGGGAAGAUGGCCAUCCUCCCAGGACUGUCCAGCCCCAGGGAGAAGAGUGAGCCCAAUGGCUGUGCAUCAGCUCAGGGAGUUGCAGAGAGCGUCUAUUCCAUCGCCAAUGGCUCUACCUCUAGUGAAAGCGAGCCUGAACUGGGAGAGGUCAGGGAUUCCUCAGCAAAAACAAUGGGGGGCCCGCCUCCCCAUGUUGCACGAGCCUGGUUGCAGCAUUAACAGGAUUGUUUCACAAUUCCAGUGAAUUC